AUGCAACGUGCCACAUUGUUGCUAUUGCUCGCCAGCAGCUACAGCCUGGCAGCUGCCACGCCGGCGGCAUUCAACAUGAGUUUUGUGCAGAGUAUAGUGGAGCGCGUUGCCCACGAGCAAAGCUGGAAGCAUACGCCCGUUUUUACCAAUGGCCUGGUGCAGCUGGAGCAAGUGCAGCACUUGCUGCAAUGGCUGCAGCAAAAUCUUAGCGUAGCAAGUUACAUUUUCACCGGCACAACGCCGCUGAUCAGUGACCAACGCGGACUGCGUUUGCGUAUAAACACCGAUGCUUUGAGUUUGUUGUUCUGUCAAGGACCAGAGGAGCUCAUCUGGCAGCAUAUGGAUCAUCAGCUGAGAAAAUUGCACAACACGCGACUUAUAGUAGUGCUGACUGGCCAAAGGCUAGCACUGCAGCAAAUAUUUGAACGCUUGUGGCAACUGCAGUUUCUGCAAGUGCUGGUGUUGCAUGAACAACGCCUCUAUGGGUAUACACCCUAUCCCAAGGUGAGCUACUUCGAGCUGCAGCAGCAGCAGCAGCAGAAACCAUUAUUUGCUGGCAGAACACACAAUUUCAACGGCUAUGUGGUGUCUACGCCAGCGGAGAAUGAUGUGCCACGCGUAUUCAUUGUGCCCGAUGCACAACGUCCAGGUGAGCAACUCGUGCGCGGCUUUGGCUAUCACAUUAUGGCCGAAUUUCUGCAGCGUCACAAUGCACAGCUGAACAUCAGCAAUGCGGGCUUGGUGCAGAACAACAGCAGCGUGAACAUGAGUCGCAUUAAUCAGCUAAUUGGAGCGCAGAAGCUCGAAAUAACGUUGCAUCCUUACAUUGGCAUUGAGCCCGAAUACGGCGUACGUAGCUAUGCGCUGACCAUAGCCAAGAAUUGUCUUAUAGUGCCUGUGCGCAAUGAAAUCCCACGCUAUAUGUAUCUGCUGAGUCCGUUGCAUUGGCGCGCCUGGCUGCUGCUGCUCGGCAGUGUUUGCUACAUGAGCGUGGCCUUGUACUGGCUGAGUCCUGCGGCCAGUGGCAGCGCUGGCUACUGUCUGCUGGAGUCGCUCAGUCUGCACUUAUUGCUCAGCACACCUGUGCGCAUUUAUAAGCCUUCACUGCGUUAUGCUUUGGUGGCACUGCAGCUGUUCGUCUUGGGCUUCGUUGUUACCAACUGUUACAAUAAUCAGCUGAGCAGCGCGCUCACCGCCACCUUGGUGGGCGAGCAGGUGGACAGCUUUGAGCAGCUCAUAGCGCAGCAGCAACGCAUCUUGGUUAAGCAACAUGAGGUGUCCAUGGUGCUGGAACAAGUGCCGCCACAUAUGCAAGAGCAAGUGGCGCGCCUGGUGGUGCCUUCCGGGCCCGAUGAGCAGAUGCAGGCGCUGCUUAGCUUCAAUACCAGCUACUCGUAUCCCUUUACCGUCGAGCGCUGGGAGUUCUUUCGCCUGCAGCAGCAAUAUGCACAGAAGCCCAUCUAUCGCUACUCAUCGGUCUGCCUGGGCUCGCCUGUCAUAGGCUUUGCCAUGCGCAAGGACUCGCACUUUGAGGUCCCCUUCAAUCACUUUAUCAUGAACGUGCAGACCACGGGCCUAUUUAGCUACUGGCUUGCCUCCGAUUUCAAUGAUGCCCUGAACGCAGGCUUUGUGCGGCUUAUCGAUAACGUGGACAACUUCAAGGCGUUCAGUUUGGACACCCUGCGCCUGGCUUGGAUUGUGCUGGUCGGUGGCUGGGUAUUUGCUGCUGUGGCUUUUAUUUGCGAGCAUUGUGUCGCCUGGCGUUGA